UAAAAUUAGAAUAAGGAAAUAUUUUGACUCAAUUCUCCAGACAUCCAAGAAGUUUUUUGUGUCUCAAAUUUUUGAAGUCUUCAGGAAAAUGAAGUUUUUCUCACUGUCCACUUGUCCUGUAAUAUUCCGCAUCAAGUAUGCUGUUGAUAAUAUGGCUUUAUGGUGGAGUGGGCCUUUUCGUGACAAUGAAUUGCUGCAGACAACUGUGCAAGAGAAAAAAACAAGCCAACACCAAUAAGAUUGAAGCUGAGAACCACACACCUCUGAUGCCAAGUUAUGUUCGGUGCAUCAUCACCGUCAAGCUUAAAAUGUAUCUGGAAAGAUUCAAGCAAGUUUGUUGAGUUGAACCUGGGCAAAUAUGGCCACCAAGCAGGUCCGAUUGAUUGAUCUCAGGGAAAUCUACUGGACAAACUCCUGAAAUAAAGCUUAGUCCAUUUGGGAAUCCUGUGUGGAGUGGAGAUAACCCAGACAGUCAUCAGUACGAAACUUCUGGAGAGACCCAGCAAUUUGCUGCAGCUCAAAGUCAUGAGGUACUGCAACAUCGUGAACAAGUGAACAUAAGUCUUGUUGCUGGUAGCAUCAAAACUCAGGAGGAAGUCAUGGUUUGGGAAGGAAGUUUACCUGUUGCACUAACUUUACCAGCAUACAUUGGCUCUCCUAAUGUAUCCCUCUAUGCCCCACUCAAAGUUAGCACUGGUAUUCGAUGGUUCUCCAGUUCACUGCAAGUUGUCGGUCAAAAUACAAUCUACAUCAAUGGAUCAUUCUCUGCACCCAUGUGUUAUAACUCUGAAGGUGAUCAUUGCUGGGCGAAUGGAAACUUUGAAUUGAAAUUCCAGGCUGACUCAGAAUUUUCCUGGCGAGCUAUUCAAGGUCAGUUAAUGUCAUCUCCAGUUUAUUACAAGGUGGUAAAAGACAUGAAAGUACCUCUUCCAGAUAUGGAGGCGUCUUCAAAGAAUUUCUCUCUUGAGUCUCCUUCAGCAGAAGACUUCAUUUUGCAAAAACAACCAACUGUGUCAAAGGAGAAUUUCAUUCUUCAGAGUGCGCCAUCAAUGUUCCAUCAAACAUUUGUCUUACAACAGUCCCCAAAAGAAGUGAGAGCCCCAAUUUUUUUGGAGGGACAAUUCAGCAUGAAUCGCUCCGAGUUCUACUGGGAUGGUACAGCUUUUGUGUUGUUUCCACCCACCAAAAAGGCACAAGAAGAAUCGGCGAACUCUCCCUCAAAGACCGAACAGAAUUUAGAUCCCGACUCUUUGGAGAAUGAUACUGGUUUUGAUAGUGACUGGGUGAUUGUUCCAAAAAUCAACCCUUCUAAGCCCGAGUUAGUCCCAAGUGAAAUGGACGCCUAUAGCCCCCCAGAUGUAGCAAGGUAUUUUGAAUCUGCCAAAGAUGAUUUGUUGAAACCCAAUGACGUCCUCCCAGCUGUAGAUGAAGUUCCAGAAAAGAAAACCUUGCAGAGAUCCCAGCUUCAAAUGAAAUUGGACAGGGAUUUUCAGAAUGUGACGUACAAGAAGGAAUCGAUUCCGGGUCAUCAUAUGAAUAUAAGUGAAGAAGAAAGUGAAUGGGAGCUUGUGCCAGGAACCAUAAGUGAUUACAGACGUAAAAAUAGUACGGAUCCAAACCAUUUGGGCCCAGCUGAACCGCAUCGCAACAGAAAUGCCCUCGAUGACUAUAUCGAUGAAAGAGAUCGAAGAAUGAGAGAAACGAUACGCAAUGCAACUUUGAAAAAUACACCUGAUCUUAUGGCUAGACAUUUUGAAACUUUUGGAAAUGGUCCAUUAAAGUCAAUUGACCCAUCAGUAAAUGAGUGGGUGGAUUUGGAGGUAGUAGUAGGGAAAAAUCAACCUGAAGCUAAUUUUCAAGAGAAGAAAACCUUACAAAGAUCCCAACUUCAAAUGAAAUUGGACAGGGAUUUUCAAAAUGUGACCUACAAAAAAGAAUCGAUUCCAGGUCAUCAUAUGAAUAUAAGUGACGAAGAAAGUGAGUGGGAGCUUGUACCAGGAACCAUAAGUGAUUACAGACGCAAAAAUAGCACAGAUCCAAAUCAUUUGGGCCCAGCUGAACCGCAUCGGAACAGAAAUGCCUUUGAUGACCACGUUGAUGAAGAGAAUAGAAGAAUGAGAGAACACAUUCAUAACAUGACUCUAAAAACUGCACCAGGUCUUUCAAGUUACUCCAAAAAGUCUGUUGUAAAGUUUAAACUGAAAGUAACAUCAACAAGUUCGGAAGAUAACUCAGCUUCUAAUGAAAAUAAUCGAAUUUUGUUUAAAGUUGAUCCUUCAAUUGCGCUGUUUCCCAUGGACUGGAAGUUUGAUAUCUUGAGUAAAGUUAGAGUCAUCCCACUUGAUUUUUUUUACAAAAUGAAUUCAUCUAUCAGAACGUCAAAACCAGUUAUCUUAUGGAGUGCAAUAAUAAAUGAAAACAAUUUAAAAGGAAAUAUUUCAAUUCCAGAAUUUAUUUUAGACGCAAACAGACAGAGACAUGUUUUGUGGCUAAAUACUACUUUUAGUCUAAAUUGUCGCACAUCCGCCGAAGAUGCUCUUCAAAAUUUUGCAACUUCUGGAAUUUUACACAGUUCACGUCUAUUACUAAAAGAUAUUAAAUGCUCAAAUGUAGAAAAUGUUUCAAAUGAUUUUGAGACCUUGAACUGGCAACUGGACACUUUUCAAAAAAUCUCAUUAAUCCAGGCUGGCCAACCACUACCCACUUCAGACUUUCUUUUACUUGGCGAAUUCACUGAUGAUAAAACAGCUUUUCUUUGGGACGGAAGCAUAAUGUUCAACUUUGAAAAUCGAUGGAAGAAAGAUAACUUAGAGGUCGCCAUGGAGGAUGUCAACCCUGAUUGGUCAGUUACACCGCUAAAAAUCACAGCAGUUUCUUUCAAUGUGGACUCAGUGAAUGGAGAGCCUGUAUCACCAGUACACCCUUGGUCGUCCUUAACUCCUGGUUCAUUUCCAUUUGCUUUUUUUACCAAUAAUCAUGUCGCUGAUGUGAAUUCGGCCCUUUUCUGGACAGGCUGUGUGGAAGGAGAUAAAUUGAAAGGAAAUUUCACCCUACCAUUAUUCCCAACAGCAAUAACCAGUCAGGAUGUUUUAAGAGGCACAUUUGAGAUGCGGCUAAGAGCAAAUCUGCCCCAGUUUUCUUGGUACAGUAGAAAACAUUUAUACACAGGACCAAACGCACCUCCAGGUCCUCCACCAGGUGGUCCACCGGGUCCUAUGCCAGGUCCUAGGAAAGUCAAAGGCCCACAAAAAAAUGCACCACAUAACGUACAAUUCGUACCAUUUCUUGACAUAUGGCCUCCUCCACCCACCAACUUUCCAAAAAUGUUUCCUAUUCCAUUCCCAAUCAACAUUACGGCCUCUCCAUCAGACCGUGCUGUCAAAACGGAACCUGUUUCAAAUCUGGAGGAAUCAGUUUCAGAGAUGGUUGAUAGUGAUAGCCCUGAAGGCAAAGGCAAAUUCCCCUCACUUUUACACUGGUCUCCUAAUAAAAUUCUCAGCCAAGAAGAAUUGUCAAAAUUAAUCAAGCCAUCCCCCACGUCAUCCCAUCUUGUAUUUAACACAGUUCCUUGGCCACCUGUCUACCCGAAGUGGCCGUCUGAUAAACCUCCUCCGCCAUGGGAACAACCUUUUCCAUUCGCUGACUCGAAUGCUGAACCACAUCCUGAUGAGCCUCUCCUCGCCAAAGACAUGGAACUACUGGAGGAAAAAGCCAACGUGCACUUGAACUCUAAAACUACUCAAACUGUCUUCGCAGACAGUGUCACCCUAAAUCCUGCAAACAAUGUCAAGAAAGCAAGAAAGAACGUGCUUCAUGCAUCACCAAUCACCUCAAAGCAAGCUGUCGAUUGUGAAAUUGAAAAAUUGACAUCGCUCUACAUGAAGCAACUUGCAGCAACUAUCAAGCCUGGAAUCCAGUAUGCUACCAAGCUACUAAUGAAGUCAAAAGAAGGUGUUGAAUAUAGUACACAAAAACUGAACGUGUCAGAAUGCGUCGCAAAUCUCUUGAAAAAUAGUGUGCCGUCUAAAAUUGUCCUUGAUGGUGACUGGAAGGAAAAUUAUGAUGACUACUAUUGGCCUGGAAAUGCUGUGUUUUUGGUACCAAAAACACCUCUGCAGAAACCGUCUAGUCAAAUUUUUAACAAACCACCUCCUCCUGCUACAAUACUGCAGAAAUUAAAUGAUAAACUUGGAAUUUUGCCCUGGUUUCGUGGAUUCUUUCCUGUCCGAGUUGUUGAUGGCAGUGUUUCAGUAGGAACGACACCAACUGUUCAGUCAACUAUGUGGUCAGGGAAAUUGCCCUUAUCCUUUCCAAUACCUGCAACAAGGGUCUCAGGAGAAGUUCUGACUGACAGUGGAUAUAAGUUAGGAAUUCACUGGACGCCAACACUUGUAUCUUGCGAUCAAGUUGAAGGAACUUACUAUCUUGAUGGCAUCUCAAAUUCAACAAUUUCAGGUAAUUUCAGAUUUCAAAUGCUGCCUGUCUGGGGCGAUUCAACUGUCAAUAAGGUCCUUACUGCCGGACAAAAAUUUUACUCAGAAGUAAAUAUUGAACCUCUCCCUGAUAGAAUGAAGGGUGAUACUGGUCUUCAAGAAUCAGAUGACAGUCAGAUCAAAGUAAUUGGAGAAAAAUCUGUACCUCUUACGAUUAAAGGCGAUUAUAAUGUGGAUAGUGCCAUAUUCGAUUGGACAGGAGAUAUUGCUAUCAGUAUACCCUAAAUGUUAAAUUUAGACCCUGAUUUUGGUUUCCUUUUCAUUGAUUGAAACUGAAAAAUAGUUCAGGCACUGAGUGCGAAAAGGGCUAAAAGUUUAUGGCUCCUAUUUUGUUUCUCCUCUUUGUAUUUUCAUAUUUUUCAUAUCCCACUUCAUGUUUGGAACAAUUUUACCAGAGGUAGUCUAUCUUCAGCAAACGCAUUGCUUAAUCUCUUCCCAUAUUUUAUUUUUAUACCAGAAAACUUGGCCAAAUUUUGACUUGAAAUUUUCUAAGUGUACAUAUUCUUUGUAUUUUAAUGAAAAUUCAGAGAAAGUUCAAAAACGUUAGAUUGUUCAGUUUUCUGUUAAAAGAAUAAAACAUGAUAAAAAGUUUGGCAAUGUGAAAUGCCAAUAUAUCUAAUUUCGGUCAAAUUGAUCCAUUUAUGAUGAAGAAAUAAAAAUCAUGCAAGUAUCAGAGAUUUUUUUUCACUUUAUUUUAUUUUUACUCAUUUUUAAUUAUUCUUUUGAAAUUUUUACAAGCUUUACCAAUAACUUUUGUAUGUGUGGGGGUGAGGGUGUGUGUGUGUGUGUGAGGGAAAGGAUGUGUGGGUGGCCGCGGUGUAUGUAUUAUAUUAAAUUAUAUUAAAUACACAUAUUCUCAAAGCUAUUGACUGUGAUUUAUAAAUCGGAUUGGGUAGGUAUUUUUUUAUGUUGUGUUGAAUGUACAACAUAUUGUUUUUUAUAUUUAAAAAAACAAAAAAGAACCAAAAUAAAAUACCUUUUAUUUUACAAA